GUGCAGCUCCUAUAAAUGCAGGCGCUCGGCAAAGCACUCUUCCUAAUCCUACCCAUUCCCUUCCCUCCACAGCAGCAAAGCCUCUUUCCCUCGUCCUCCUCCUCCCUUGUUCUCGAUCGCUUCAGGAAGACACUCAUCAGUAAUUCCAUCAUGAGCUACCAGCAGGGCGCCACCGCCACGGCCUACCCUCCGCAGCAGCAGCAGGCCUACGUGGCGGCGCCGCCGCCGGCCGGCUACCCGCAGAAGGACCAGCAGUAUCCUGCCGCCGGCGGUGCCGACACCACGACGAGCCGCGGCGGCCAUGGACACCACCACGGCGGCGGCUUCUGGAGAGGCUGCUGCGCCGCGCUCUGCUGCUGCUGCCUCCUCGACGCCUGCUUCUGAUCAAGUCGAUUUUAUCCAUCGUGCAUGCCCAGUUACGUUACGUGGUCUGACGAGUGCUCCUGCUGUUCGUCACGGUUCAUGCGGAGUCCGGACGUCAUGCAGUAGUUUGUUUUCCCUUUCCGCUUUGUUGGUUACUUCUGUGAAUAGUGCUGUUUUUGUUGGUUGCUGAGCACCAUUUCUGUCUAGUGUAUCAUGGUGAUGUUGCUCCAUCUCUUGUACAUUGACUAUGUAUAUAUUAAUAUAUAAACAUGAUUCGUUUCUCUUGUA